AUGGCGGCUCAUGCAAGCGAGCCGGAUUUGGGCAAAGGCGCGAAAGUAUUUAAGAAAUGUGCUGCCUGCCACACCCUUGGUGAAGGGGAAGACAAUAAGAUCGGCCCGAACCUCUAUGGCAUGUUUGAACGCCCAGUCGCCUCAGUCGACGGCUUCAACUUCUCUGAUGGUAUGACCGCUCGCGCUGCUGAAAUAGGCACUUGGGACGAUGCAAACCUUGCCGAAUAUCUGACCAAGCCGCGGGACUAUGUACCCGGCACGAACAUGUCUUUCGUUGGUUUGCGGAAAGAAAAGGAUCGGGUGAACCUGAUUGCUUAUCUCCGUCAGGAGACCGGCGCAGCGGCACCAGCAGCAGAAGAACCUGCGGCUGAAUAA